CAUAGAAGGGAACAUAAAUUAAAAAAAGGCCAUAAAAGGGCGUUUCACUUUUUCAGGACCAUAGAAGGAACCUUCAUUUGUUUCAGGGAAUUUUCUCUAAAUUUUGAAAGGCACACGAAUUGGAUCCCAAAUCUUGAAAGGCAGUCGUAUUUGAUCUCAAAUCCUGAAAUUUUUCCUUUCUACUGCUCCAAGUUAAAAAAAAGGUCAGCCGAAUUCAAAAAAAAAGGUCAGCCUUCACAUUUUCACUUGGCCGCCGCCACCGGCGAAACGCCAAAAAUAAAUGGGUUUUUUUUUGAAUUAUACCAUUACAAUUAUCGCAGUUCGAAGAUAUACCAUUACUAUUCGCGAUAUUGUAAAUGUACCAUUAUAAUUUCAUAGUUCUAAAAGAUAUGCCAUUACAUAUCUCUUUGAUGAGUUUAUAAAAAAUUUUGGACAAAAAUACCCUCAUCUUCAACAGCUAUCUCGUUUCUCCCUCGUCCUCUCUCUCCCCCCGAGUCAACAGCUACAUCACGCCACCUCUGAAGACGGCUCUGCUCAACAUGGUGUCCGACCAGGAAAUUGCCAGCUGCGUCGAGUCCGUCCUCUGCGGCUUCGCCGGCGGGCCCAAGGAGGCCUCGCUCGCCGCCGUGCUGCAGCCGCGACCAGAUGGACCUCUUCUUCGGGCUUGCGCCUCCAGCCGCAGCCGCAGCCCAAACCCCAAGCGCCUCUUCCUCCGCCACAGGAUAUUCCCACCGCAGCCUCCGUGCUGCAGCCCGAGGCUCAGGUCUUGCAGCAGGAGCAGGCCCCACCUCGUGCCCAGCAGAUUCAGAUGCAGCCGCAAUGCCGCAUCAGCACCAGCAGCUUGCGGCGCUCCAGCCGCAGCUCAUCUUCCAGGCCUGAUACUGCUAUCCCCGAGUUGGAUGAGGAAAGCGCAAGGAGCUAGCUGAGCUUUAGCGACGGGGCUGAGCUAAUUGCUCGAAUGUUGUUAGCUCCUGAGCUUUAGCGCCAGCAGAUGAACAUGAGAGAGGGGAGGAGGAAGGGGUAAUUUGGUCAAGAAGUUUUUAUAAAUGUGUCGAAGGGAUAAGUAAUGGUAUACGUUGAACAUCUGUGAAAUUAUAAUCGUAUGCUCCCGAUAUCGUGAAUAGUAGUGAUGUAUUUUUAAAACAUAACAAUUAUAAUAUUAUUGAUCCAAUUAACCGCCUCCUUGGCGAGGGAGUCCCACAGUCCCACUGCAGCCAUGGCCGGUGGCCGCCGACGCCGACGCCGACGGAAGGCUCGCUGGGGUCCACCCAUAAGCAAACUCAGCAACGAUCUCGUGCUGGAGAUCCUCCUCCGCCUCCCUUCCCUCGCCUCGCUCGUCCGCGCCGCCCUCGCCUGCCGGGCGUGGCGCCGCGCGGUCGCCUCCUCCGCGGCCUUCCGCGGCCGCUUCCGCGCGCUCCACCCGCCUCCCCUCCUCGGCUUUUUCAUCGAGGCUCCUGCCUCAGGGCAGAUCCCUAACGCUCCCGCCUUCCCCGCCUUCGCCCCCGCUCGCCCCCGCGACCGGGACCUGGCUGCCGCCGUCCGCUGUGGCGACUUCUUCCUCACCACCCUCCAGGAUGGCCCCGGCGAAAUCCCCUGCUGGGAUGCCAUCUACUGCUCCCGCGGCUACGUCCUCCUGCUGAAUUGGGAUGACGGAAUGCUGGUGGUGCUAAACCCCUUGACGCGCCGCCGUGAAAAUGCCGGCGAUUUUUAUUCUCUGAAUGCCUCUGUUGAGUCCCGGGGCCGCGCAAUUCGGCUAUAUCCUCGCUUGCUCUGCUCUGCCGGGGAUCCCACGUCGUUCCUCGUUGUGUUUCUCGCGCACGAUGAGUCGAGGGUACGGGCUGUUGUAAUCUCCUCAAGCACCAGAGAGUGGAGAAUUCACCCUUGGGUGAAGGUCCCUGCCCCUGUUCUGUCAGAUGAUGAUAACCACCAGUGGAUUCAGAAUGCAGGUGGCGCGAUGCAAGCGAAUCGGUUCAUGUACUUGGCGUACGAGGACCAGAUGCAUCUUCUUUCACUUGACACGGCCACAAUGAAAUUCUCUGUCGUUGAGCUCCCACAGUGCCUGAGGAACUCCAGCUUUGAUGUCGGUGAGACAAAGGAUGGUGCAACCUGCAUUGUUUAUUCAGAUCAGUUGAGUAUUGGCAUAUUGAUGCAGCCAAGGGACGGCGAUGGUGUUGAGAUAUGGUUGCUGGACCGGGUAGUCCCCUUGGGCAGUGAGCUGAAUGAUUUGGUGGAGAACCCUGACGAGCUGCUUGUUUUGGCAGUUCGGGAGGGAUACGUGUACUUGGCAACAUCACCGAUGUAUCAUGAUCCCCGAACUCCAUGCUGGUUCCUGUCCCUAUGUUUGGAGACGAUGAAGCUGGAAAGACUAUUUCGGAGGACAUUUGACAGUAUUGUUCAUCCUUAUAUUAUGGAGUGGCCGCGUUGCCUAGUUGGCAACUAUGGGAAGUUUGCACUUGAAGAUGCUAUCUGAAAUGCAUUACCAUGUAUGGGUUUAUCUGUAAUAUUGAACCACUUAACGCUGCUUAGUUUUGGUCGGUGUAGCGUUCUGAAACUGGCAAGUUCCUUUUUUUUUUACAUUAGGUGCUGGGUGUGGCAUCGUUAGCCUCUUUUGUGGUGUCUCUUGAGAACCUUCUGCUCAAGACUGUUUCCUCUUCAUUCGAACAGUAUUCAUGUAAUCUUGGGCAUGUUAGUUAUCAUGCGUUUGCUUCCUCAAAUUGAAAUGAUUCACUCUGUUCGGCUGAUGUGCUAGUUCAAAGUAACU